CUCACCAAAAUUCACCAAGUCACUACCUUCCAAGCAGACCACCGGAAAAGAAAGGUCAAUCUCUCUUAUUGAUGCACAUGGGGAAUAUUUGAAUGUUAUUUUACAAGUGAAGGAACACAACAUAAAAGGCAGAAAUAAGACGUCUGUCUAUGUUGACUCAAGAUGUCGUCUAUAUCUACGGGUGAUGCCGUGAGCUCGACGGACAAGGAGCCCUGGGCUACCAUACUGUGCCCUCAUACACUUCUAUCCAUCGAAAAGACCGCCGCUGAAAGCACAUUCAGUCAGAUAUUAGCAGAGCCACUAUCGAGAGAACUGGUCGGGCGUUUCGCCCGCUAUACUAUCCAUCCCGAGCCUGUGCCGCCCGACAGCCAGGAUUUCAUAGCCUCGCCCUCAGCUACGAUGUUAGAGCUGGCCAAGGCAGGCCUCAAACUAGCAUUUGCAUCUCUAGCUGCCUUUUUGCAGGCCAACGUCACCGGCCCCGUUCUCACUGAUGCGCAUUCGUUCGAGGCCGUCUUUCUGGAACACUUUACAGCUUCAACGAAUUCCGAGCAUUCUACAGAUGGGCCUAAAGUUGUUGAGAAUACUGCGAGUCCCCAAACUACAAUAGAGAACCUCCGUUUUCGGUGUCAGCGUUCCCUUGAUACUGAUGGUGUCUCUCCAUACCCGCAUAUUCCUUAUAUCGAGCUUUUCUGCUUGGCGCGCUUCCUGCUAGCUACGGGAGGCGUCUUGCCUAGCGCUCACUCCAUUCCCUUAGCAAAGCAUCUUGCUUGGUCGAGGUUGAGGGUUAACCUGUGGCAUUACAAGCUACUCACACAGCCGUCGCUGGGACCUGGCUCCUUAUACACCAAGAGCGGUCGCUGGACUGACGUCGCUACCCUGCAAGAGUUGAUCCAGGCAAGUCUGACUGACGCUGAAACCGCCCUAUUCGGGUCCGGUGCUACAAGUGAAACCAUCCAAGAUUUCCAGUGGCCCUCUGAAUCUCAGAUCUUAUUCAGACUAGAAGAAGCCAACUGUCACAUCUUACUUGGGAACGAUACUAAGGCUCUUCAGGCGCUAGAAGAUGCCACGAGACUUCGUGGUUUCAUUUAUGCCCUCUCUGGCGCACUGGGUAAGCGCACACGCUUUCAAGAGAACAGUUUCAGUCAACUCGUGGUUCUCGCAAAAAGUCUACAAUUGUCAUCCGAAUCUACCAAGGAGCGGGGAGAGAAAGAAACAGCCCCAUCGGCUCUCCUAUUGAAUGACGAUACUUUGUUAGAGAAGAUUCAAUUUAACAAUGAUGAGCUUUCUCAAUCGGGUUCUUCCCUGCCUAUUGAACUACAGAAAAUCAAACCAGAUGAUCAGCCGAAACUGCAUCCAGUAGACCAGAUAAUUCUACUUACCGAGGCCACUCUCAAGGAUACAUUCUCUCCAUCUGACACCCUUACAUUAGAGGAAAUACUUCCAUAUGCAGUGAGGGUCAUCAAUGACGAAUCUGUUAAUUGGCAGAUAUAUACCCAAGCUCUCCUUGUUAGAUCACGUAUCGAACUGAACAGGAGUCGCACAGUUGAGAGGGGUGUAUUGCAGAUGCAAGCUGUGGCAGACCAAGUCAUCGCCGACACUCAAGAUAACUCCCCGUCAACAACAGCACAACAACAAGAUUCCGCUCUUGAUGUUCCCGGAAUAGUAGUUACCUCUGAUGGCGAACCCGCAACUCAUGUAAACAACAAGAAACCAACGUCAUUCCUACCAGCCCCCAAACCAUCCGAAUCGGCGACACCGGAAGAACGACUUCGGUAUGUAAAUGCCUUGGCAUCACCACCACGGUGGCAUUUAGAGUCGGAGCUUGCGUAUGCCUGGACUUCAGUUGGGUCGCUCGUUUCCGCAUUAGAAAUAUUCAAGCGCCUAAGACUCUGGCCGGAGGUUGCCCUCUGUCUUGCUACCGCCGGCGCCUCAGACGAUGGAUCUGGUCGUGGUGCAGGAGGAGAGGAGAAAGCUCGCGCCAUUGUACGAUGGCAGUUAUUCAAACGAUCGACAGACUCAUCGGACGGUGUUGACGAUGAGGACAAGAUCGACCUCGAUUCCAUCAAGCCCGGCGAUUUUCACGGGCCGGAACGAUCGCCGCCCCCGCCCAACGCGCCCCGCCUCUUCUGUAUCUUGGGCGACAUGGAAAACGACGCGAGCCAUUACACACGGGCCUGGGAGAUCUCGAACCGGCGCUUCGCACGGGCCCAGAAAUCAUUGGGUGAGUUUUAUCUGCAGAACAAGGAGUGGGAUAAAGCGCGCCAGGCCUACCAGCAAGCCGUCGGCGUGAAUAGAUUGAGCCCAGAGCUAUGGAACCGACUAGGCGACAUCGAGCUUCGCAUGGGUCAUUUCCCUGACGCGGCCGAAGCCUUCCAGCGAGGCAUCGCAACGGCCAAUGGGAAGGAAGGGGGCGAAGAUGCUCGGACAUGGAGUAAUCUUGGCACGGCGUAUCUUAGCUGGUAUCGCGAAGUGCUCGCCGAGGCGAAAGCGCGAAAGGCGAAGACAGAUGCCGACGACGACGAGGAAAACGACGACAGCAGCGCCAACAUGCCCAGCACUCAACGCGCGGCGGAGCUCGGGCGUUCCGCAUCGCAGCUCCUGCAAGACUCGCUCUCAGCCUUCAAGCGCGGCGCCACGAUCGCGAAUUCCAACUGGCGGAUCUGGGACAACGUGAUCACGCUCGCGGCGAGCCUGAAGCCCGUCCCGGCCCUCGACGACGUCCUCCUCGGCGUGAAGAACGUGGUUCGCAUCAGGCAGACGGAGAGCGCGCUCGAUCCCGAGAUUCUCGCGCUUUUGGUCCGCGAGGUCACGAAGACCCCUGCCCCCGUUCGUGCUACAAAUAAUAGUGAUAGUAGUGAAAGUGGAAUACACGAUCCGCCACGGGGCUCGCUAGAGCACAAAGUGCUGUCUCUUUUCGAGACGGAGAUCGUGCCCCUUAUCACUUCUAGCUCUACAGCCUGGGACCUAGUCUCCCGCCUGCGGGCGUGGAAGAGGGAUUACGGCGGCGCGCUGGAUGCCGCGGAAAAGUCGUGGCGCGCUGCGAUUAACCCCGGCAGCGUCGGAAGCACGCUAUCUGCGUCAAGCGGCGGGAGUCAAGAAGCGAGUUGGUUGACGGAUGCGGAGAAGUGGGAUGUCGUCGUGCAGCGGACGGCGGACCUCGUCGCCGCGUACGAGAAUUACGGAGCUAGGAUUGAAGGGAUUGGGGAUCGAUGGAGGGGGAAGACGAGGAGUGCUGUGCGGAGCGUGCUGGGGAAGGCGAAGGAGGCGUGGGAGGGGGAUGAGAGGUGGCUGGUGUUGAAGGAUUUGAUGGAUGGGUUGAGAUAGAUAGUGAAUAGAGUGAUGUAUAUUGUGUGCGUGAUAAUGUUAUUGUUUUGAUAGAGUAUGGUUCGCAGGGAGUACGACUGGAUAUUUGAUGUUGUGCUGUUUUCUAUCACGAGUAUGUUCAGUCCCUGUCAAACAAGGACAGGACGUUUCUGGUGUCGAUGUAAACACUUUAGCUUCAAAUAUUUAACGCAGCUUCAUAUGACAGAGCUACAGAAUUCAAGUAUUUUCAAAAAUAAAAAGUUCAUUUCAUCUAAAUUCUUUCUUUCAUUUCACUUUCUCAAACCAAGCCAAGCCAAGCCCAUCCAAUCCAAACCAAACCUAUCCAAAACCGUUCCAAAAACCAACCAUCCAAUUCCUCCCUCAUACAAAUCCAACCCCUCUCUACUCCUCUACCCCAUCUAUUUCCCAGAUAUUGUUGAAAAAAAG